CAUUCUCACUUGUAUUCAAAGUCGUCACUGUGGACCUUACAACUCUGAUCUGUUGACCAUCAUGUCUCCACUUUUGGAGGUGACGUUAGGUCAUCCAAAAAGAAAUAUAAAGAACCAUGCUGUCAUGUUCUGGAAUGCCACGUUUGCUCACUCGCAAACCUUGAAGUACCCAGAAAAUCUGAGACCAGUUCUUCAGAUUGCUAAAGACAAAGUGCCACUUACUCUGCCAGGCUGGGAAAACAUCUCAGUUAAAGAAACACAGCUGGACCUUGAGUCUGAGGAACUCACUCAGCAUGAUAACCUCGUUAAACCGCUGCCAUACGGUAUCCUGGGCUCUCCUCAGAGGCGCAAGCAAAUGGCUAUUUCAGGGGGUUCCCCUCAGUUGAAAGGAAGUUUCUUACACAAAGCAGUGAGUGCCGAGAAAGCCGUGGAAAACGCGUCACCAAAAAUGAUUACACGAUCACCAAAACUUGGACGUCCUAGAAAUUCCCCAGCUAAUAUGCAUGUCAGGAGAAAAUUACCACUGUCCAAGUUUGACGAUGACGACGACCAGGAAUACGUUAUGAUCGCACCGUCACCGAAAAAGAAGAGAGUGUUGACGGAACAUCAAAAAGAGAUCAUGCGCAGUAGAAGUGUUGUUCCUGCAUUGUAUAACGCGCUCGACCAAUCACAAGACUGCACUCAGUUUUCUCAGUUCACUCUGACGUCACAAGGAGAAGUCACCCCGGACACGACACCAACCAGUACCCCUGAAGAAGAAAAGGAUCUCUCCCUGGUACGAAACAACAAUGGCGACGAGUUAACGUUGAAGAACAAGAAAGAGCUUGAGGCUGACCCAGUUUCGUCAGGUGUAGAGAAGAGUGAAGUUAAAGAUAGCAACGAAACAACAAAGAAGACAGUUAAAGAACUUAAAACUGUAGACAGUGAAAAGGAAGUUGAGGAGGUGAUGGAGUACGGUGCUGGCGAAAUAUCGCAUGACGAAAGUGAAGACGAUGCUGAAGAAAAAGUAAACGCUGCUACCAAUAAAACAGCAGAAACGGUUGAAGAUGUAACCACAAUUGAGAAAGAAAUGCAGUGCGGUGAUGACGAAUGCGAAGUGACGUCACCUGACGUCAUACCUUCGUCACAGACGCCAAGUUUUGAGUCUCCGUUCCAGUCCCUUAGACGAAUGAUGAUUCCGCUCGAGGCCAUUUUGCCCAGUUCAUUGGAAACAAUGAGAAACAAAGGGAAUUCAGAAAGAAAGCAACUUGAAAAAACGGAAGGGAUUAAAGAAGAUGAAGCAGUGCUGGAAACAAAGAUGGAUGUAUUAGAGACAAAUGAGGUUGACGAAUUGUCAUCUGUGAAACCAGAGGAACCACCCGCUACUAAAAUGAAGGUGUCCCCAAUCGCCAGGCGAACAAGGAGAAGAUUGCAACGGAAAACCAACGUCGAAAAGAACCCUUCCCGCGAGGAACCCGAAGACGAACCCGGAGAACAAGAGGUCAGCGAACUUAUGCACAAAGAUCCUGAAAAGUCAAAUGAACCAACCGUCACAAUGAAACCCGCUGAACUAACUAUCGCGGGCGUAACCAGAGAUGCAACGUCGUCUCCAGUCCUCAGCGCCAAGAACAAGUUUCUGCGUCCGUUUGCAGCAGGUGGAAGUCCUUGUCGUGUGACAUUACGCGGGAGAAAUUCACCAGGCGUUUCACCGACAACUGGAAUUUUAAAGAAGUGGCCUGGUAGUAAGCAGGCAAUUGACUCGCCCUCUCCUCCUGGAAAGGUGCGGAGAGUGUCGUUUGCUCUUCCUGAAAAAGAUGGCAGUUCUGAAGAGUCACAAGAAAAGUCCUUAGAAACAAAUACCACUGCUUUUCAAUUGAAGACGUCCAGCUCUUCUCCUUUUACGGCUAUUAAGCAGCGGCGACCUGUGCCUGUAAGCAGUGACCUUUGUACUCAAGACCUGACUGACUGUAUGUUCCCGGAUCUUGUGUCUUGCACUGCACCAGUUGAACAGAUACUUCCUUCCAUUCUCACCAUGUCCUGGUCACGUGGUAUGGGUCACUUGGUACGCGCGCAGAAUAUUCACACCAUUGGAAGCUUGUCAGCUCUCAAAGAGGAACAGGUGAGGAAUUUGCCCAUUAAAUCGCCCAAGGUACCAACUCUGAAGAAGGCCUUAAGAAGAUUUCACCAAAGUCAAAGAGGCAGAAAUUCAAAACCACUCGCUGCGAAACUAACGGCGGAAGCUUCGCUGAAAGAGGAGAAUAAAAAUAUAGAAGAGAUUGAUGCCUCUUCUGAGCGUGCCCAGCUCCCAAGCGAGGCCCACGUGGUGAUGGAGCCAAUCAGCAUGAAGGAUUCUGUUGGAGAUAACCUGGAAGCGACAUCCACGGGUGAAGAGUGCUUAGAGACAGCCGAGGAGUUGAGGGGUGAAGAAACUGGGUCUACUGACGAGUGCGACUCGAAUGAACCCGACAUUGAAAGCGUCGUUGAUGACGAGAAAGUGGGGUGCAACAAGGCCUUAGAGUCAAAUGAACCCGAGAUUAUCACUAUCACAGAGGGGGUGAAUGUUUCUGGUGACGCCAUGUGGGGCAGUAGUGAGGGAGGAUCAGCGGACCAUGUGAAUGAACGCUCGGGCGAUGAGGAGUCAGCCAGUCAAAACCGUACUACGCAUGACUCCGACGCUAUGGAAACAUCCGCUGACAUCGCCACCCCACAGCGUGAAACUUGCGCCCAGCCGACUAAAUUAUUCUCAUGCGAGAAAUCGGUCGAGCAGAGUGCGAGAAUUGAUGAAACGUCGACUCACGAAGAGGAUUUAUCAGGAGAGGUCAAUGACAAAUCCAAGCAAAACGAACUUACUGAAUCAACGAAGGCGGCCCAAGUUACUAGUGAAGAAUCUGCUACGCUCCCCUCGACUGCAGGCACCGAAAGUAAUUUAGCUGUCGAAGAAGAAGGCUGCAGGGAAAAGGAGAAAUUCUGUGACUGUUUACGUUCCCUAAAGGAUCUUGCGUUACCUGACGUCUUGCGUGAUUUGUCCAGUGAGGAGAUUUUCGAAGCGCAUCACAACCUGACGGAAAUUAUGUCAGAGGUUGUCCAAGCUUUGAGGGGCCGCUGGCAAUCUCCGAGAUCCAAGAAAUAAAGAGACUAAGCGUUAAAAACUACCAUGUCAAAUUAUUUGUCGGUAGCUCUUAAAAACAGCGGGAGAGUGAUUGAGAAUUAUUUCUACUGGAUUUGAAUUCUCAAGAGCAGGUCGUUUGAAAGAAUACUUCACCAUUUUGGAUUAUGUUGGAUUUAAGAUAUUUUAAAAACAAUGUCUGGCAGUGUAAAAAUGUUGAAAGACUACGUAUUUGUUUAGAAAAAGUUCAAGAUUAGUUUUGAAACAUGCAUAUGUACAAAGAAAUCUGCCAAUGAGUUUUUCAUUCCUAUCAAAUUGUAAAGUCGGGUUUAAGUAAGUUGUAAUAAAUGUCUUAGUCAAA